AUCUAGUCCAACAACUCUGUGAAAUGUGGAUGCACCCCCACCGCCUCGUGCCGUAACUUUCGCCGGCACACGCCGCCGUUCGCACUAACACGUACGUACGAGCGCGCGCGCUCGCGCUCCGCCGAGGUGGUAGUCCGUUUGGUGAGGGGGCAACGCCGACGUCCACCGGAAAGUCUUCGAACGAGGGUCGGUCGCGUGUCCCGCUGUCGGAGACAAUGGAACGCGACGAUAAGGAGUCCGUGGCUGCGAACGGCAGCGAUGACGUUGUGAGCGAGUUGUUGGGGGACGCGUCCGAGCGUCGGCGGGAGUCGCCCGUCAAGACGUCCACUCUGACGUUCGCCGAACUGCCCACCGAGGAUCCCCGGGAUAAGAAGUUUCGGUCGUGCACGCUCAAGUCCAGGAUCGCAGUGUUCAGGCGAACCCGUUCACUAAAUGCCCCGAGCCCGGUGUACCAGUUUGGACCAUGCGGCCGCAUCCUCAAGAACUCUGCCAUGGUCAUGACCAUCCAGGACCCCGCGGGCCAGCGGUUGACUUGGCACAAGCCCCCUCUAACGGUGCUGGUCAUCAAAAAGACCAUGGACGCCACCGUGGUGAAGCCCUUCAACGAGCUAGUCCACUGGCUCAUCUGGGUUAAAAACAUGGUCGUGUUCGUGGAGGACGCCAUCCUGGAAGACCCUUUCCUCAAAAACAACAAGGCCUUCCUCGAGGUCAAAGAGAAGCUAUGCACUUUCACCGAAGGCAGAGAUGAGCUCACAGACAGAAUAGACUUCAUCAUAUGUCUGGGCGGAGAUGGAACUCUACUUUAUGCUUCUUCACUCUUUCAGCAAAGCGUUCCUCCAGUCAUGGCGUUUCACAUGGGCUCACUGGGAUUCCUAACGCCGUUCGAGUUUGAAAACUUCCAGGAGAAGGUCACCAACGUCCUCGAAGGUCAUGCGGCCCUCACACUGCGAAGUCGGCUAAGAUGCACCAUCUACCGUAGCGAGAACGAUUCGAACGAUAAUAAUCUCUGCAACAAUUCUUCCUGUCUGGUGCUCAACGAGGUCGUGGUUGACCGAGGGCCAUCGCCGUAUUUAUCGAACAUUGACCUGUACUUGGACGGAAAACUUAUCACCACUGUACAAGGCGACGGGCUGAUCGUGUCCACUCCUACGGGCAGCACGGCGUACGCGGUGGCCGCGGGGGCGUCCAUGAUCCACCCCAGCGUUCCCGCCAUCAUGGUGACCCCCAUCUGCCCGCACUCGCUCUCCUUCCGAUCCAUCGUGGUGCCGGCGGGGGUGGAACUCAAGAUCAUGGUUUCACCCGAAGCACGAAGCUCAGUCUGGGCAUCUUUCGACGGUCGCCUACGCCAGGAACUUCACCAUGGAGAAUGCCUCAAGGUGACCACAUCUAUCUACCCGGUGCCUUCCAUCUGUGACCAAGACCAGAUAUCGGACUGGUUCGACAGCCUGGCUGAGUGCCUCCACUGGAACAUGCGCAAAAAGCAGAGGCAGCUUUCUGAAGCCACCGAGGCUGCAACGGACCCAAAUGAUGUCAAAGUUGACAAAUAGACCUUGUCGGUCGUCGUUGCCCCACCUCUCUUCUCAGCACGCUGUGCUGGGAAACACCACAUUCCAUGUAUUGGCAGUUGUCGCGUCUGUGCCUCUGUACAGCCCAGUACUCAAACAAUGUAAAGCAACGAGAGAGAGAGAGAAAGAAAGAAAAAAAAAGACGUCAGUCAUCAGAAUUAAAACUUUUCUCACAAUUAUAUAAACAACAAGCAGUGGUGUGUCAAGUUUCAAAACUUUAUCGAAAUGUACAAUGUACCAAGCAAUGGAUAAGAAAAGGGAGUGCCAGAAAAUGUACCAAAAAGUGAAGUGCCUAUCAUUGUUUGAUGCAUCACUGAGCACAAGCCGACAGUACUUUACUCGAGUAUCAGUCAAGGAGCACAAGCAUUCUCUUCCCUACUUGGUUCUCGUCAAUGCUAUGUUGAAGUGCAAACAGCCCUUGAAUACAGAAUGAUUACAAUGUUUUCAUGCACAGAAAGCAGUCUUAGGAGCAUCACAUUGAUUAUCAUUGAGGAUUACCUUCUCUGCAUGAUAUUUGGAUGUACUUCAGUGAGGCAUCAUCAUUAAUUGGCGUGGUUACUGUACUCAUGGUGGAACAUCCAAAAUGCAAACACAAUUGUAUCCAUAUGCUCGUGAAUAAUCACGGCAUUUGAAAUGUGCAGAGCAGAAGUGAAGGCUUUCUGCUCUUCUCUAACAAGAUAUCUUAAAAAAAAAAAAAAAACCUGCUGUAGUUAAUUUCUUUUUCUUUUUCAUUAUACAAGGUUUAAGUACCUUUUUUUGUACAGCUCCAGUCAGUUUUGCAAAUUCUCUUCUGAGCCAUUCUCUCUAAAGGUGAAUUUAGAUAGAAGUGCAAGUGAUCCUUGCAUGAAUAUCUGUGUUGAAUAUGCAUGCAUCUGCACAUUUGUUGCAGUUUUGGCACCUUAAAGAUCAUACUAGAAUCAAAUGACAUUACUGAUUUGAGAGUUUGUCCGGUAUGAUUGAAGCUCUUGGCAGCAUGCACUAAUGAACCGUAUAGAAACAAAUACCAUAAUGCAUUUCUUCUCAGUGAACAAGUUUUAAUACAAAAGAUAUCCCCAUUCUGCCUUUGUUGUAAAAAGAUAUUUGGUAGCGUUGGUGAAAUUAAAUAUUGGAAAUAAUUA